AUGCCCAUCGAAGAAGAGAAGACGUUCUUCGUAUCGCUUAAAAGUAACAACAGAACGUGCGAUUACAACGUAGUUUUAAAACCCGUUUGUAAAGACAAAAUGGCUGUUCCUAGGAUCGAUCUACGAUCUUUCCGUGGAAAAAGUCUCAAGAACUCCGAAGAGGCCGUCAUGGCCGUGGAUACCAUCAUGCGGCACGGGCCCGCAAAAUCUCUGGUACCUAUCGGAAGAUCGUUUUUCUCUUCGUCCAGCGAUAAAGAAAGGAUUUCCUUAGGAGCGGGUAGAGAAAUCUGGUUCGGUUACCAUCAGAGCGUUCGNAUUUUCGAAAAACCGGUCAUCGUCAUCGGUGCCGAUUGCACCCAUCCUUCGCCACACGACAAAAUCAAAUCGUCGAUUGCCGCUUUGGUGGGAAGUUUGGACAAUUAUCCGAGCAGAUACGCCGCCACCGUCAGCGUGCAGACCAACGGCAAGAAGAACAGAAUUGAGAUCAUCGAAAACAUGAAAUCCAUGAUGAAAGACUUAUUGGUCUCGUUCUAUCGAAACACCGGAGGAAAAAAACCCGAAAAAAUCAUAUUUUACAGAGACGGAUUGAGCGAAGGAGAAUUUUCUAAAGCGGUAAACAAGGAAUUGAUGCUAAUGCGCGAUGCCUGCGCAGAAAUGAAUCCUUCCGAAGUAUACCAACCGCCCAUCACUUUCGUCGUGGUGGGCAAACGACACCACACACGUUUCGUGCCAGAAAACUUGGAAGACGGAGUGGGAAAACACCGCAACAUCCCCCAGGGAACGACCGUGGAUACGACCAUCGUCCAUACCACCCAAUUCGAUUUUUACAUAUGCAGCCACACCGGCAACCAGGGCACCAGCAGACCCGCCCAUUACACCGUGCUGUGGGACGAUAACAAUUUUACGGCCGACGAGUUGCAAACCCUGUCGUAUUACUUGUGCCACACUUACGUCAGGUGCACACGAAGCAUUUCCAUCCCGUGCCCCGUUAUGUACGCGCAUCUGGCAGCAUACCGUGCCAAACAGCAUCUGUUGGCCAGAUGGGAGGAUGGAGGCAGGAACAACGAUUCCAAUUCUAAUCUCAAUCUUUCGAACGAACAGCUGUUGGACAACAGCUUCAAGUAUUCGGUCGAAGUCGAUCGCAAGAUCACAAAUACCAUGUACUUCGUUUGAGAAUUCCUCGCGACGGCUGUCACGUAUGCCAUUCAUUCGAAUGGCAUUUCCUUGCAAAAUAUAUUUUGUUUUAAAGUCAAAAUUGUACAUUCAAAGUAUAAUUUAUUAAAAUUUCAGUU